UUCUGGAUAUCCGUAUUUCAUCGGAGCUUUCGGUCCAAGUCUUAAAUUGCACGCAGCCCUGGUCACAUCACACAACUUCAACUCAUGGAACUUCAGCUGCAAGAGGGCCUUGGCGAUGAAGUGCGGCGUCGAACACUUCUUCGUCGUCGUGCACGGGCCCGCAAGGCAGCUGCACGAAAAUCCAAAGCAUCCCUAAAGCUUGGAGCUUUGGUCAGGAUCGUCCUGAUCAUGCUGUGGGUUCGGCGAAAGCACCGGGAUCGGAAAACAAGCGAUGAUGGGAUCCAUCAAACGAAUCAAAGUAACGGAUCGUCAGAGCAUGAUGGGAUCAAUGGUGGCAUUGACGGAGAAGGAGCAGAAGUCGAGUUCCACGCUGACAGCGAUGACGACAUAGCCACGGAACUGAUUUUGGAAGCAGUUGUUAAAAACCAUGGUCAUGCCUUUGACUAUCCAAUGUCAAAGUCCGAGAAGAUGAUUCGAUCCAUGCAGAUGACUGAGGGCCUGUGGAACAAGGCACAGAUAGAGGCCGUCCAGUACAAAUGGGCAUCCCUCACCUUGAAGCUCAUGAUGUAGCUGAAACGUGCACACACGACGUAGCUCGAUCCGAAAGCCACUGAAAGUUCUGCCGUGCAAUCGCUGUGGGCCUUUGCUUCGUGGUCAUUCACGGGCUGCCGGUUGUUUAAUAUGGGAUAGCCAGGCUCUGAAUGGAUGCGGUUCUUGCAGAAAAACGGUUUCGC